AUGCUCCUCUUCCUACUACUAAUACUCUUGUCAUCCUCUGCAUUAAAAUGUAAAUCAUUAACAGAAGCAAAAGCUCUUAUUAGAUGGAAGUCCAGCUUGUUCAAUCCUGAAUGUCUGAGCUCAUGGAGUCUCAACAACUCCACCAACCACUGCCAUUGGUUUGGUAUCACCUGCAACUCAGCCGGCAGCAUCAUCGAGCUCAACUUGACAAACUGCAACCUCAAUGGCACUCUGGAAGAGCUAGACUUCUCCUCUCUUUCAAAUCUCACCAAACUCUACCUCAAUAAUAACAUGCUCAAUGGUUCAAUCCCCAGAAACAUCUCUACUCUCUCCAAGCCGCCAUGUUCCAUUCCUAAGAGAGAGGUUUUCCAGAAAUCAACUUACGGAGCACAUGAUGGUAACUCUGCCUUUUGUGGUAAUGCUACAGUGGUUGUUGCAGUAAUCAUUCUAGCAUGCCGGAGGUGGAAGGGAAGCGGAAGAGUAGCAAAUGCUGAAAACUAUGCGAUGAUAUGGGAAAGAGGUGUUGAGUUUAAAUUUAUAGACAUCAUGGAAGCCACACACAACUUCAAUGAGAAGUACUGCAUUGGAAGAGGGAAUUCUGGGGCUGUCUACAAGGCUGAACUUCCCUCAGGCCAAGUAUUGGCAGUGAAACGCUUAUAUUUGGAAGGCGACAUUGACAUCUUUCAAAUUAACAGGAAGAGCUUCAUGAAUGAAAUUCAGAUGCUAACAGAGGUGAGACACAGAAACAUUGUGAAACUUCAUGGAUUUUGCUCAAGAAAUGGUGUCAUGUACUUGGUAUAUGACUAUGUGGAGAGAGGGAGUUUAAGCAGUGUUUUGUAUAGUGAUUUAGGGGGAACUAUGUUUGAUUGGCCUAACAGAGUAAAGGUGAUUCAUGGAGUGGCUCAUGCUUUAGCUUAUUUGCACAAUGGCUGCUCACCAGGCAUUGUUCAUCGAGAUAUAUCAAUAAACAGUAUCUUGCUGGAUGCCCAAUUUGAGCCUCAGAUAUCUGAUUUUGGAACUUCCAAACUGCUUAUAUUUGAUGCACACCAUUGGACCGCUAUUGUAGGGUCCUGUGGUUACAUUGCUCCAGAGAUUGCAUAUACAAUGAAGUAUGUCGAUAAGUGUGACGUGUAUAGUUUUGGAGUGGCGGCACUAGAGAUUAUUAUGGGAAAACCCCCUGCAGAAGUGCUGAAAUGUUCUCUAAGAUCUGGAGGAAAUGAUGUAUUACUUAAAGAUGUAUUAGACCAGAGGUUGUUGCCUCCCACAGGACAAUUAGCAGAACAUUUAGUAUUUCUAGUGAUGGUUGCUCUAGCCUGCACUCGAACCGAUCCCUGCUUAAGGCCAGGAAUGCAGGAAAUUGCUCAAGAAAUGUCGACUCGAAAAAGGGAUUACCUUGCUGAGCCAUUUGGUGCCAUCACCAUCAGAAAUCUCUUGCAGAUAAACUGUUGAAAUGAGGCAUGGCCUUAAAAUUGCUUGCCAUUUGUUACAAUGUGUUUAUGAGGAUUGCGUUUAUGUGUAUUUGUAUUGACUGAUAACUCAAUAAGAGAAAAUUUGU